UUCCAAUUGACUUUGCCCCCCUUCGUCGCUCAAGCCGAGCCUAAUCACGACCCAGAGAAUUCAAUGGCCGCAAAAACGGCUACGGCCGGUACCCAGCGUGCGAAGCACUCCAAGAAACAGGCAGCAUCGUCGCAGCAGGAGGAGCUUGGUGCUGUGAAGAAGCUGGGCCGCUUCCUGCUCGACAACCAGACCCGCAUCUCCUUCAACAUCAUUGGCGCUCUGCUCCUCUCCUACAUCUCCGUCCCCGCCACGCAACCGUUUAUAUCCAAGUUCUUCACCCCGUCCUAUCACAACCCGCGCACCGGCAAGCAUGCCAUCGGCCCCGACGAUUAUUACUUUAUAGUGUUUUGUGUCGUGCUGCUCACAGGUCUCCGUGACAGCUGCAUGAGAUAUAUCCUUGCGCCGCUCUCACAGCGCUGGGGCGUCAAGUCUGCCAAGGAUGCCACCAGAUUCGCCGAGCAGGGCUGGAUGCUGCUCUACUACACAGUCGCAUGGCCCACUGGCCUGUAUAUCUAUAUGACCUCGCCGUACUACCUCGACAUGAAGCAGCUCUGGACCGACUGGCCGCAGCGCGAAAUGGGACUGCUGAUGAAGGCGUAUAUGCUCUGGCAAUGGGCCUUUUGGAUCCAGCAAGUCGUUGUCAUCAAUAUCGAAGAACGACGUAAAGAUCACUGGCAAAUGUUGAGCCAUCACUUCGUCACUAUUGGCCUGAUAGCCGCCUCGUACCACUACCACCAGACGCGGGUUGGAAACUUGAUCCUGGUGGUGAUGGAUAUUAUCGAUCUCUUCCUUCCGAUGGCCAAGUGUCUUAAAUAUCUCGGCUUCACGACCAUAUGCGACGUCCUCUUUGCCGGCUUCAUCAUCUCGUGGACGAUUGGCCGCCACGUGCUUUUCGUCAUGAUUUGCUGGAGCGUCUACUACGAUUUACCACGAACAAUGACAUUUGCAUGCUACAGAGGCAGCGCCGAGAAGCUACAGGGCCCGCUGCCCCUACCCAAUGACUGGGCGCAUCUGCUGGAGCCAUUCCUCGACCCAACCGGCCAAGUCUGCUUCAGUCAGGGCAUUACAAACGGAUUCCUCGUCUCGCUGCUAUCGCUUGAGGUUAUGAUGGUCAUUUGGUUUACGUUUAUCGUCAAGAUUGUUAUUCGUGUCUUUCAAGGCCACAGCGCAGAGGAUCUGCGCAGCGACGGCGAAGACGAGGGCGACGAGGAGAUUGAGGAGCCUGAAUCUACGGAAGACGACACAGAUGCUGAGAACCAGCGCCGGCCGCCUCACAACACUACAACUGCCGCAUCGGGAGUCAGGAUCGCCGAGAAGGAAUUGCUACACAGAAUCGGGUGCGAGAAGCGUAUCAACUAACCUAUAGAGUAUAGCACGCCUGGACCUGUAGACGGGUCGGUGAAAAGCAUGUUUUUGAUUUCUUGUUAUAUUUUUAUAUGAAGCUACUAAUUUUAAUCCCCGCCAUUACUACUACACCGCAAAAUGUCC